AUGGGUAUUUGUCUAGAUACAGACAAAAACAACAGUGCGUCCGACAUAGAGGACCCCGACUGGAAAGGUGGAGGACAAGGAUCUCGUUCCACCGCAGUGCGCACUCCGCGGAGCGCCAACAACGGCAUGCAGAACGUCGGCAAAGUGAAAUUCGAUCCUCCGAAAGUGCCUGUCAUAUUCGUUCUAGGUGGCCCCGGUAGUGGUAAAGUGACGCACUGCGAUACUCUGAUGCAGGAGCGCCGCGGUGUAACGCACAUCAACAUGAUGGACUUACUUCAACAGUACGCCAUCGGGAAUGAUAUGCAAGACUUCUCCCAACUAUCUUCGCGAACGGUAACGGAAGUACUGAUGCUUGAAAUGAAAAUGUCCCCAGCUGCCAAAACAUACCUUGUCUCCGGGUACCCACGAUCGAUGCGGGACGUUGUCGAGUACUCCGAGAAGAUUCAGGUAAUAAAUGGUGUAAUACUGAUCUCCUGGCGUCAGGCUGUACUGCAGAAGCAAAUAGACUACGGUGCCAAGCUGGGCCACGUCGUGCUGUCGUUGGCCAAAAUGGAGUUGGAAAAUUUCUUCAAAAACGUCAUGCCCGUGGCGGACUAUUUCGAUCAGAGCGACAUGUUGAUUGCGAUCAACGGGGAACGAUCGCCGGCGGAGGUGUACAAAGACUUUCGCACCGCGGUGCUAGACAUUCUCGGUGCGCAAGAGAAUCAGGAAGCACUGUUAAACGGAGUCGCAGGUAUGGGCAGGGGCGUAGAUGACAUUCCCGGCAGUAUAGUUAGUGUAGACACGGCACCUAGUCAACCUAAGGUCAUUGCAGCUCCAUCACAUCAAGUAGAAUUAAACCAUACGCGUACGUCUCCGCCUGUCGCCCGGCCGUCCGGUGAGCAGAUGGCGCGCCCCACGUCCCACGGACUGCGGCAGCAGUCACGCACUGGUCUGCGCCAGUCGGCUCGUCACGAUAACAGCGAGACGGCUUCGACCGUUGACUUCGGUGAUGUGGAGCACGAUCGUCCGCUGCCACGGAAUGGUCGUGUUCCACCGGUUCUUUGGGUGAUCGGUGGGCCGGGAAGCAAUAAGGCCAGCCUGUGUCUAAAAGUGGUCGGCACAAACCCCGGGUGGGCCCACUUCAGUGUGGGAAGAUCCUUGCGGGCGGUGGCCGAAUCUGGACCACGGGUUGGGUCAGAUAAUUACGCCAUCAAGGAGGCAAUUACCGCCGGCGAGAUGGUUCCGAAGAAGUCGCUGAACGCGCUGAUCGAGAGCCAGUUGGGUCAGAUGGCCGACAGGCGAGGCAUCAUCAUCGACGGCUAUCCGCGUGACAUGGACCAAGUUUCGGAGUUUGAGCGCAAGUUCAACCAGAAGCCACCAAUCAUUCUGCUGGACUGCUCGAAGCUCCAGCUUGGCCGUGGUCGUCUCGAUGAUACCGUUUCGUCCUUCAGGCGCCGCUUGGAACUGUUCCGGGAGCUAACGCUACCGAUGCUCAAAGAGAUGGACACCGCCGGAAGGCUCACCAUCGUUGAUGGGGACACGGACAGUCCGUCGGUGCAGCGAGAGUUUGAGCGGAUCGUGCGCGUCAACAUGGAGCGUGUGUUGAACUCGGGCGCCACCGUCGACCCCGCCAAGGACUCCGAUGUGCCGGCGGUCCAAAUAGGCACCUUCAGGACCGUUCUACAGCGUGCGUCCCAACGGAACAGCGCGGAUGAGAUCGUACAGGAUCUGGAACCGGACAUGCCGGGGGCGGUGCCGACGAUUAGCCACCACGUUAGUCUCGUCAAUGGGCACCUGCCGGGCAACGGGAAAAUAGGCAGUGGUGCGAAGAAUGGCUUCGUCCCGAACGGACGACCGAAUUUCCGCAACAUGCUCGAAGAAGCCGACAGCUACCAGAUUGAUUCACAUAUUUAA